UUUGAAGCUGCAUUCAGUCUUCAUAUUGAACUCAAACUGAACAUUUCGUGAUCACCAAAUCCAAUUUUAUUUAAAUUAAACCAUAGUUUUGAAAUUUUUAAUACAAUCCAAAAAAUGGGCCAUUUACAAUACAUUAUUGGACUAUCCCUUUUUCUCGUUUUAGUGUGUUUCAAAUCAAGUAACGCCAUUAAAUGUUACCAGUGUAACAGUUACGCUGAUAAGAGAUGUAGCGACACCGAUAUCGCCAAAUACAAGACUGAGUUGGAGAUGGAUUGCCCUAACUCAUCGCCCCCAGGAAGUGCCCCCGGAACCAAGUACAAAUUGUGUCGAAAAAUCAAACAAGUGAUUGAUUUCGAAGUCAAUGGAUUGCAACCUGAAAGUCGCAUAAUCAGGACCUGUGGUUGGGACGACUCCACUUAUAAGAAUAAAUGUUAUCAAAGGUCGGGUUUUGGGGGCCGUCAAGAAGUGUGCGCUUGUGAGGAAGACGGUUGUAAUAGCAGCAGCACAAUUUACGCUUCCGUUGCGUUACUAAUGGGCCUAUUAAUUGUCCAUCUGUGAGGUGUUGGAGUUGAUUUUUUGCUCAUUGCUCUUCAACAAUAACAUUUUUUUUAUAAUAAAUGUAAUUCAUGAUCAGUUUGCUAAUUGCUCGAACUGUUUUCGGUGUGGAAUUGAAUUUGUUUAUAGUGUUUGUUGGAUACAAUAUAGGAAAGUACAUAAUAUACCGUGCGAUCAAAUAAAAAUUAAUUAGAGUAGGCGUCGAUUAAAUUCUACAGUUGGCAACACAUUGGCUGGGAAUCUGGGCUGGAAAUUUUCCACACGAACUGAAAAAUGACCACCGUUUUCCUCUUGUACAGCAAUAAAAAUUUUCUGCUCUAAAGUGAACAUUAUUUCACUCAAAAGGAAUAAAACGCAAACUUGCACGUCAAAGAUUCCGUUGACAUUUCAUGUCAAAAAUCAGGAUUGCCAUCUGAAGGACUUUAAUCAACACCUACUCUAUUUUUUUUUUGAUCGCACGGUAUUUGUUUCUUGAGUAAGCACAACGUUAACAAGCAACAAUAUCAUUGUAGUACAAGUUUAUAAAUCUUGUUAUUAGACAUGCUAGAAAAUGAUUUAAAAUUUAAUAACUGUAGUGCAAGAAUAAAACGCAGUUUGGGUGAUGAUGAUGUUGUCACUUCGCUGCUGUUUGAUAAAUAAAUUUUAAAUCAAUUUGUUUAGAAAAACCGAAUCGGUUUGGUUCGUGUAGAUAUAGUCGUCUGAUUUAUUCAUAAUCGGUUGCUUUAACGUUAGAUGUAAAUAAUUUACUGCCAAAAAAUUAUCUAUAAAAUCAUUUGACGAGAUUGUUAAUCAUAAUAAUAGACUAACGUUACUGUUAUAUUAUUUUUAGAUGCACAACUAUAAUCUUAAGAAAUCAAUAAAAGAUUGAUUUUAAACCGGUUCCAUCCUAACCCCCCCCAAAUCUGAGGUUACAUAACCACCACAAAUAUACAUUUAAAAAUGUAAAAUAAAUAUAACUACCAAACUA